GUGGGACUUGACGAAGUGUGAAGUUGAGGUUCAGCUUGAACAUUAAUAAAGCUGAAAGUCACAAUGAGGAAGUGACAUCUCGCUGUCCACAGGAAGUAGGUGCAGCAUCUUUCUACUUUCGAGACUCAGACUUUAGAGACUCAGACUUUCGAGACUCAGACAGUAACCAGAACAAGACAGACUGAGAAUCACGAUGGACGAGUUCAAAUGGAUUCAAAUGUCUUCAUUUGUUCUCCUGACGCUUCAGUUUACAGCAGCAGCGACCCGACAGCUUGUCCUCCACUUCACUGUCAGAGAUGGAGAUCAAGUCAGUUUGCCGUGUAAUAAUAUGAUCGACGGUCAGCAGGAAUGUGACAGCACAACAUGGAUCUUCAGUGGUUUAAGACGAGACACAGGAACAGUAGAGCUGAUUACCCUCGGACAGAUUGGUGAACAGGCCAAAACCAAAUCAGACAGACUGAGUGUCACAAAGAACUGUUCUCUGGUUAUAAAGAAGGUCUCAGCUGAGGAUGUUGGUCGUUACACCUGCAGACAGUUUGACAAAUCAGGACAACAAGGUCCAGACUCUCUGGUUGAUCUGUCUGUGGUCACCAUGACUGAACGUGAGGACGCUGGUGAGGUGACAUUAAGCUGCUCUGUGUUGACAUAUGAGCGAUGUGGACACACAGUGAAGUGGCUGUUUAAUAGAACUGAUGUGGAUAAAGAAAACCACCAAGUGAAGACAUCACAGUCUUCCUGCUCUGCCUCUCUGAAGGUUCCGACUUCUCAUUUCAUUUAUGACUCGAGGUUUGACUUGAAGUGUGAAGUGACUGAUGGGGACAAAGUUCAGUUUCUCUUCAGUCCUCGGCCCUCAGGUGAGAAACCAGGUGAGGACACAACAAGAACAACAAAGCCAACAACAAAGCCAACAACAACAACAAAGCCAACAACAAAGCCAACAACUAAGCCAACAACAACAACAAAGCCAACAACAACUACAACGUCAUCAUCAACAACAACAACAGCAACAAUGACAACAACCAAUGAUAUUACAGCAGGACCACCAAACAGCAGCUGGUGGUUGUACGUCCUUGUGGCUGUGGCUUUGCUCGCACUUUUAAUAAUUGUAGUGAAAGUCAUCAGAUGGAGGAGAAGUAAAGGGAGCCAAACUGGGAUGAAGGACGAUGUUGGACUGACCUCAAACCCUGCAGGGACUCAGUCUGCUCCAGAACCCAGUCAGGACACAGCUGAUCCUGAAGACGGAGUUUCUUACGCCUCCAUCAGCUACACCAAGAAGACCAACAGGAAAGGCCGGGUUCUGCGUGAAGAUGAACAUGACGACGCAGUGACUUACAGCACUGUGAUAGCUGCUUCUUCUUCUUCUUCUGCCUCUGCUGAUCCCAGCAGCUUCUACGCCACCAUCAACAAACGGAAGCAAUAAGAGAGAACAGGACAGUCACAGCUCACAUCAGUACAGUUAUUUCACAGUGAUGACUGAUGCUGAGAAAUGUUUCACUGCUCUUUUAUCGGACCAUCAUUUUUAGGGUUUAUUGCUGUAAAAAGUCUUAUUGUCCAGCAGGGGGCGUAGUAGGUUAACUAGUGACUCAUCAUGUGGCUGUUUGAAGUGUGACUGAUUGUAUGUGGUCCAUUUUUACUUGAUGAACGUUUGGUCAGAGGCUUUAAUGUGCUCGUGUUGGCUUGUAGCUAAAAGUUUUAUUGCAGCAAGUUUAAGAUCUUUUAUCUGUUCAAUAAAUCGUUAAAUUGAAAAACAAUUUAAAA